AGGCCUGCGGACCCGGCUGCUCGCCCCGCGCCCCGCGCCCCGCGCCCCGCGCCCCGCGGCGACAUGUUGGGCCUCAUCCGGAACUCGCUGUUCGGGAGCGUGGAGACGUGGCCGUGGCAAGUCCUGAGCACGGGGAGCAAGGAGGAACUGUCCUAUGAGGAACGGGCCUGCGAGGGCGGGAAGUUCGCCACGGUGGAGGUGACAGAGAAGCCUCUGGAUGAGGCACUGAAAGAGGCCAUGCCCAAGGUCAUGAAGUAUGCGGGCGGCUCCAAUGACCGGGGGAUCGGAAUGGGGAUGACCGUCCCCAUCUCCUUUGCCGUCUUCCCCAAUGACGACGGCUCCCUACAGAAGAGAGUCAAAGUCUGGUUCCGGAUCCCCAACCAGUUCCAAAGCGACCCGCCAGCCCCCAGCGACGAGAGCGUGAGGAUCGAGGAGAGAGGGGGCAUCACGGUCUACUCCACGCAGUUCGGCGGCUACGCCAAGGAAGUGGACUACGUGGCCCACGCGGGGCAGCUGCGGGCCGCCCUGGAGGGCCAGGCCCCGUGCCAGGGCGACCUAUACUUCUGCGCUGGCUAUGACCCACCCAUGAAGCCGUAUGGCCGCCGCAAUGAGGUCUGGUUGCUGAAGACCUGAUCCCCUGACCCCCCCCCCCCGUCGUG